AUGAGCGAGCCGGCUCCCGCCGUCGAGCCCUCGGCGGCUGCGCCUUCGGACGAGGUGCCAAAAUUCGACGAGACCAAGACGCACGAGAGCAUCGACAUCGGCUUCACGGUGGACGCCGGCGGCGGCAUCAGCGCGCCGCAGGCGAGCAAGGACCUGACCAACGCGCUGGCGUCGCUCCGUCACACCUUUACCGUGUGCGACCCGACGCUCCCGGACUGCCCCAUCGUCUACGCGUCGGACGGGUUCCUGAAGAUGACCGGAUACCCCGCCGAGGAGGUCCUCAACCGCAACUGCAGGUUCCUCCAGGGGGAGGAGACGAACAUGGACGACGUGCGCAAGAUAUCCGAGGCGGUCAAGAAGGGCGAGAGGAUCACCGUCCGCCUGCUCAAUUACCGCAAGGAUGGCCAGAAGUUCUGGAACCUGCUCACCGUCGCGCCGGUCAAGCUGCCGGACGGGACCGUCGCCAAGUUCAUCGGCGUGCAGGUGGACGUCAGCGACAGGACCGAGGGCAACGCGGAUAACUCCGCGGCGAUGAAGGACACCAAAGGUCUCCCCCUGCUCGUCAAGUACGAUCAGCGGUUGAAGGAUCAGAACUUCAACAGGGUGGACGACGUGGAGAAGGCGGUGCUGACGGGCGAGGGCGUCGACCUCGACGCGAACCCGGUGGCGGCGAACAGAGGAGGCCUCGACAUGGCCACCACCCUGGAGCGCAUCCAGCAGUCCUUCGUCAUCGCCGACCCGUCUUUGCCCGACUGCCCCAUCGUGUUCGCGUCUGACGGGUUUUUGGACUUCACCGGGUACACCCGCGAGGAGAUCUUGGGGCGGAACUGCCGGUUCCUGCAAGGUCCGCGGACCGAUCGGAGCGCGGUGGCGGAGAUUCGCAAGGCGAUCGACGAGGGCAGCGAGUGCACCGUCCGGCUCUUAAACUACACCAAGCAGGGGAAGCCGUUUUGGAACAUGUUCACCAUGGCGCCCGUGCGGGACGAGCAGGGAAACGUCCGUUUCUUCGCGGGGGUUCAGGUUGACGUCACGGUGUACACCCGCGAGGAGGGCGAGAAGGACGCCACGAGCUUGGACCUCGUGAAGGAGUACGACAAGGACAGGGACGAGAGCUCGUUCGAUCGACAGAUGAAGGAGUACUCGAAGCAGACGGCGAGCGCGGUUGCGUCGGGGGUUGCCGGGCUUAAAGACGGGGAUUUGCCCUGGAAGAACAUGGUGGGCAUCCUGCGGACGCCGCAGCCGCACCAGCGGCACGAUCCCAACUGGGUGGCGCUCAAGGCGCGAGUGGACAAGCACGAGGCGGAGGGCAAGGUUGGAAGGCUGUCGCCGGAUGAUUUCGUGCCGCUGAAGCGGCUAGGCAACGGCGACGUGGGCAGCGUCCACCUGGUCCAGCUCGCGGGGACCAAUCGGCUGUUCGCGAUGAAGAUACUGGUCAAGCAGGAGAUGCACGAAAGGAACAAGCUGCACAGGGUCCGGACGGAGGGUCAGAUUUUGGAGACGGUGGAUCACCCCUUCGUCGCGACGCUGUACGCCGCGUUUCAGACUGACACGCACCUGUACUUUGUGCUCGAGUACUGCGAAGGCGGCGAGCUGUACGAGACGCUGCAGAAGGAACCGGAGAAGCGAUUUCCGGAGACGAUCGCGAAGUUCUACGCCGCGGAGGUUCUCGUCGCGCUGCAGUACCUCCACCUCAUGGGAUUCAUCUACCGCGACCUCAAGCCGGAGAACAUCCUCCUUCGCAGGGACGGGCACAUCAUCGUGACCGACUUUGACCUCAGCUAUUGCGCCUCGUCCAGAGCGCACGUCAUCAUGAAGGAGGGGCGAGCGCCCGGCGCGAGGGCGAGGAACCGCAGGGUUUCGCAGCGGCGGUCGUUCGCGGGAGGCGGGCGUCCCUCCGUCGCCAUCGAUGUUGGAGGGAGCGGGAAGCCGCCCGGCGAAAACGCGUCAGGUCGGUCGCCCCGACAAUCGCAGAUGUCCAUCGACGCCACACACAACGGCGGCGUCGCCAUACCCGGCGCGUCGCCAAAAUCCGCCGGCCCCGGGCUCGACAUGAUCGCGUGCGGCACGUUCCUGUCCCCGAACGGCGCCAACAAGUCGGGGAAGUUUCCGCAGAUCAUCGCCGAGCCCUUCGCGUACACAAACUCUUUCGUCGGCACGGAGGAGUACCUGGCGCCCGAGGUUCUCAACUCGACGGGUCACACGAGCUCGAUCGACUGGUGGGAGCUCGGCAUCUUCAUCCACGAGAUGGUGUUCGGGACGACGCCGUUUCGGGCGAACAAGCGCGAGCAGACCUUCCACAACAUCGUCCACCAGCCCCUGGACUUUCCGUCGACGCCGCCGGUGAGCGGCGAGCUGAAGGAUCUGCUUCGGCAGUUGCUCCAGCGCGAUCCCAGCGUCAGGUUGGGGACGCAGGGCGGCGCGGAGGAGGUCAAGGCGCACCCGUUCUUUCGGAACGUGGACUGGGCGCUGCUGCGGUGGGCGAAGGCGCCGUUGGCGGAGAAGAUCGCGAGGAGGAUGGCGAGGGCGAGCGGGGCGGAGGCGGCGAGCGCGGCGGUGGACGCAGGGGGCGGCGGCGACGACGACGAAAUGUUUCAGAUGGACGUCGAGCAGUGA